CGGGACGACGAAAACAGAAAAGUGCCGAAGAAAAUAAAGAAAGAAAAAACAAGCACGAAAAAUAUCGAAACGCACCAGCCCUCCGCUUUUCCCGAUGGCCGACGCCUCCUCCUGCUGCGGCGGCGGGCCCCACCGGUCGGCCACCCCAUCCGCCGCCAACUUCCCGUCGCCGGCGCCGGCGUCCCUCGACGGUGGCCUCCUCCUCCGCCUCCUCCAAAACCCUCUUCCCCACCCGCGCGAGCAAACCCUGGCCCCGCCCCCCGGAGCGCCAGGGCCGCACCACGUCUUCGUUGACCCCGCCGUCGCCGCCGUGGGGCAGCUAUUCCCCACCCCGCGGCAGAUGCAGGGGGCCGGCUUCGCGUGGCCCUCCCCCUCCGCCCCGCAGCCGCAGCAGCUCCGGUUCCCCGAUCCUCGAUUCGCGCCGCCCCUGGAUCCCUAUGUGGUGCCAGGCUGUGGUGGGUUUGGAGCCGCUGAUGCGGUUCGGGCGGAGAGGCCCCGGCCAGGGGCGCCGCCUCCUGGGUUCGGGAAGCUAUCGCAUCCUGCUGCUGCUGGCCGUGAGGAGCCGAAUGCGUUUGGGGGAAUGCCGAACUGGGAGCAGAACCAGCAUGGUCCAAGAGGUUUCGGUAGGACGUUCAAUAAAGAGCUGCGGACCACGGAAGCCGGUCAGGAGGCGUUGGGCAUUCUUGGCAGAAAUCCGCUUGGAGAGCAGCAUAUGCCAAUACCCGGGGGCCGUGAUGCUUCUGCAGGAAUGAUGUACAGGGAGCAGCGGCAGGAUCACUUUUUGUCAAGGACGCCGUCUGAUAUGAAUGCCAACAGACCGUUUGGCAGGAUGCCUGGCAGAGAGCAGCAUACGCUUCCUAGUGCAGGUGGCAGGACACUUCAUGGAGAUCAGCACACGCCUCCGAUCCCAGGAGGCAGGAUUCUGCCAAGAGAUCAUGGGCAGAUAGAGCCACGCUUAGCAAACACGCCACAAAGGGAGCAGAGGUGGCAAGGGCAUAGGGAGGAAAAGGGCCAUGCUUCACUGAAGCUGCUAAAUGCAAAUGCACAUGAUAUAUUUGGUAAAACACCAAUGAACAAAGUGCACCAUGUGACAGCACCUGCCGGCAGUUCAGUUCCUGUGGAUGUUAGGGAUAAUAGAGUGAAUGGUUUGGACAAUGGUCGAAUUAGGGAAGUAUGUCUGGAGCAUGGUGUGGAUGGAGGGGUGGUAGCAGAGGCAAGGAAGUUUGAAGUAUUGUAUCAGAAGAGCGAGGUUAGAUUUGCCGGGCAGGAUGAGGAAGAAGACGAUGAUGGCCGGGAGGAGGAUGUUAUGAUUGAACAGUUGACGGAAGGUCUGGUGAUUAAUGACAAUGAUGAUGCCAAGGGACUGGUAUUACAAAAAAGUGGCCUCAGGAAUAAGGACUUCAGGUCAGACUUUUCUAGAGGGCAUCAUGUGUCAAGCCAACGAAUAAGAUUUCAGAGGAGAAACAGGCCAUGUCGGUAUGACAUAGAUCGAUUUACACCUGGUUUCUUGUCAAUUUUUGAAUCAUUGGUACCCUCAGAGGAGGAAAUUGCAAAGCAGAAGCAAUUGUUGACAACCCUGAGCAGAUUAAUAAACAAGGAAUGGCCUAAUUCAAGACUAUACCUCUAUGGUUCAUGUGCAAAUUCCUUCGGUUUCUCAAAUAGUGAUAUUGAUCUUUGUCUCUCUAUUGAUGACAAGGAAAUGAGCAAGGUUGAUAUUAUAUUGAAAUUGGCAGACAUUCUCGAAGCUGGUAAUCUCCAGAAUAUUCAGGCAUUAACUCGAGCUAGGGUCCCAAUAGUGAAGCUUAUGGAUCCGGAAACAGGGCUUUCCUGUGAUAUAUGUGUCAAUAAUCUUUUAGCAGUUGUUAACACGAAACUUCUGAAAGAUUAUGCACAAGUAGAUAGAAGGUUACGUCAGUUGGCAUUUAUUGUGAAGCAUUGGGCUAAAUCUCGGCGUGUAAAUCAAACUUACCAAGGAACCCUUUCUAGUUAUGCAUAUGUAAUAAUGUGCAUCCACCUCCUACAGCUGCGAAGAAUACUCCCAUGUCUACAGGAAAUGGAGGCAACUUAUUAUGUCACUGUGGAUGAAAAUAACUGUGCUUACUUUGACCAAGUGGACAAGCUUAAUAACUAUGGCGCUCACAACAAAGAUACUGUAUCAAGGCUGCUUUGGGCCUUUUUCCAUUACUGGUCUUAUGAGCAUGAUUACACGAGAGAUGUCAUAUCAAUUCGUACUGGAAGGAUCAUUAGCAAGGAAAGGAAGGACUGGACGAGACGGGUUGGAAAUGACAGGCAUCUCGUAUGCAUUGAGGACCCUUUUGAGACAUCCCAUGAUCUUGGCCGUGUUGUUGACAAGUUCACCAUCAAAAUACUACGGGAGGAAUUCGAGCGAGCUGCCAAUAUAUUACAGUUCGAUCCAAACCCCAGCGUGACGCUCUUUGAGCCUUACGUGGCCCCUCCUUUGCCGAGCCUGACCCAAGAAGAAAUGGUGAGCACCACAAAAGUUGUUGAACUGUGAUCACAAUCUUGUCAUGCUUCAAGACGUCCUUUUGUCUUGAAGAAUUAUCCUAUAUCCUGUCUAUUUUGUGCAUAUUGUACAAUAGAUAAAUUAGUUGUUAACUAACCUGAGGCCUCAGGUGGGCAACAGAACUUAGCUGCUUAAGUAGGGUUGGGCCAUCAGACUUCUAGUGCUAUCAAUUCCAAUGUACAUGUCGGUGGUUGAACAAGACAGUAUGCUGUGCAAGAGGAUCCUUGAGCUGUA